AGGUAUCCAGCAGCAGUUGUCCAGCUACAGGGAAACGGUGAUCCGGCAGGCCACUGUGGCGGCGGGCUCGGCCGUUCACCGGGACGACGCGCCAACCUGCGGCAUCUGCCACAAGACCAAAUUCGCAGAUGGCUGCGGGAACCUGUGCUCGUACUGCCAGACCAAGUUCUGCGCCCGCUGUGGGGGGCGAGUGUCGCUGCGCUCCAACACGGAGGACAAAGUGGUGAUCUGGGUGUGCAAUAACUGCCGGAAGCAGCAGGAGAUCCUGACAAAGCCAGGCGAGUGGUUCACCGGUCAGGCUGGGAAACCCGCUGGCCUCGGUUCAGCCGUCAGCGAGCCGUCUGUGUGCCAAACGCUCGGGGACAAGAAGCUCCGCUCUCGCUCCCAAGCACCCCCGGGCUCCACCACCGCAAUCCAAGACCCCAACCGACCCGGCGCACCUGGGACCACAGCUGGCACCGAUGCUCGGUCCCGUAGCGAACCACCACGAGACACGAGAAAUGGAAGGGGAGGAGGAGGAGCUGGUCGCGGAGAGCGCCGGCCAGGUCAGGCCAGGCUGCAGACCCAGGUCUCCAUGGACCGGGACAUGCGGGGGGAGUCCAGGGAGCGCAGGGAAAGCCGGCGGCUGACAAAGGGACGCUCUCUGGAGCAUGAUCCUGUGGGGGGAAAUGGUGGAGGAAGACGGACAGAAGAGGGGGGCUACCACCACAUGGACCACAGCGGUGCCGCCCCUCGCCAAGCAGGGCCGGUCCCUCCUGGAGGCCGGGGCCACCCUGGGUCUGUGCAGGGUCGUGGCACGGGCAUAGUAGGGGAUGUUGGGGAUGGCGUGCGGCCUGGUCAAAGGACGGUGGGCGGGGUUGGCGGGCCACAUGAACACACCCUUGCUCAGCAGCCCCCUCCCCCUGAACUCAGAGCGCCUGGGGGUUCGGGCCCUGGCUCGAACCCCGGCCAGGGACCCGUAGUGAGACGGACCAAACGGGAGAAGGCUGAGAGCAUGCUGCGCAAUGAUUCGCUCAGCUCUGACCAAUCGGAAUCUCUGCGUCCACCACCGCCAAGGCCCUACAAGUUGAAACGGGGGCUGGGGGCCGGAGUGAAGAGGCAAACCAGCGUCAGCAGUUCAGAGGAGGAGGGAGGGACCACGCCCGAGUACAGCAGCUGUGAGGACGCUGAAAUCGAAAGUGUCAGCGAGAGAGGUGACUGGGAGUGCUACCCCCAUGACCCCACUGUAUGGCAUCAUCCUGUAACCUGGCAGCCAUCCAAGGAGGGAGACCAUCUCAUUGGAAGAAUCACCCUCAGCAAAAGGAGCGCCACCAUGCCUAAAGAAGCUGGAGCACUGCUGGGGUUAAAGGUGGUGGGAGGCAGAAUAACAGAGUCAGGGAGAUUAGGUGCCUUCAUCACUAAAGUCAAGAAGGGCAGCCUGGCUGACGUGGUGGGACAUCUCAGAGCAGGGGAUGAAGUUUUGCAGUGGAACGGGAAGCUGUUACCGGGGGCAACCAUGAAGGAAGUUUACAACAUCAUCCUGGAAUCUCAAGCUGAGCCUCAAGUGGAGCUGGUGGUAUCCAGGCCUAUUGGGGUGUAUAGAAAAUAUCAUGAUAUCCCAAGAAUCCCCGACACGUCCCACCCUCCAUUAGAAUCUACAGGUUCCAGUUCUUUUGAGUCCCAGAAGAUGGAGAGACCAUCCUUAAAUGUCCUGUCUCCCUCCAGUCCAGGGAUGCUCCAAGAUGCUCCACAGUUAAUGCCAGGGCAACUCUCAGUGAAGCUGUGGUAUGACAAAGUGGGUCAUCAGCUAAUAGUCAACGUGAUGCAGGCAGCAGAGCUUCCUCUUCGGCCUGACGGGCGGCCCAGGAGCCCCUACGUCAAAAUGUACUUCCUCCCUGACCGCAGUGACAAGAGCAAACGAAGGACAAAAACUAUGAAGAAGACCUGUGAGCCCAAGUGGAACCAGACGUUUGUCUACUCUCAUGUCCAUCGCAGGGAUUUCCGCAACCACAUGCUGGAGCUGACUAUAUGGGACCAACCCAGGUCACCGGAUGAGGACAGCACCUUUAUGGGAGAGAUCCUGAUAGAGCUGGAGACGGCCUUACUGGAUGACAAACCUCACUUGUAUCCACUCCAAACCCAUGAUGUCUCAUCCAUACCGCUGCCCCGACCCUCCCCGUACCUGCCCCGGCGACACACAGAACCCCCUGGCAAGAAGCUGCAGCGUUCUCAGCGUUUAACAGAGCCUGAAUUUGAUGAAGGUACAACAGUAGUAUCGAAAGCAGCGGAUGGGCGUGGCAGGGACAGGCAGCGAGAGUCCACGUCUACCCUGGAGGUGCCAGACCAGCAGAGGACGCCCUCCCAUCACAUACGAUCCCGCUCGGUCUCCCCACACCGCGAGGAGCAGGGACGGAUCCGCUCACGGCCACCCAAUGUUCCCGCCCAGAGGAGUCUGGAUAAUGAACUUCCCCACACUCGUCGUUCCCGUUCUCCGACCCGUUACUAUGACGCUGCCAGAGGCCGCCACCAUGAGCAGGAGUACCCUGAUGACAGCAGCGAGGUCAUCAUGAUCCACCAGUCAAUGAGAGGCAAAAGUGCCGAGUGCCUCCACACCAGGAGAUCUACUAGGCACAAUAACACACUGCCACCUAGGAUGCCCCUUUUGUUCAACGCUGUCCCCAAACACACAAACAGUGAUCUGCAGCCUUCUCUGGACAGGGUUAGGAGCGCUAGCGCCAACUGUCUGACUCCAGACAAUCAUACCCCCUCACCAGAGACUGAAAGAAAAUCUUUGUCCCAUUCCCUGCCCCGGAGACGUCCAGCAAGUCCCAGGAUUCUUAUCCAACAUGCUUCCCCUGAAGAUGACAGGCAGCCUCGGACCUUGGAGAUACCUGUGUGUCAGGCUCUUGGCAGGAAGCUCCCUGACAGUGGCAGGGGCCACCUCCAAGGUGGUGCGUCUCUGUCCUCCUCAGCCCGCAGAUCGAGGCAACUCCCACAGCUUCCGCCCCAGAGCAGCACCGUAGAACAAGCCCUGGUAGCAGAGGAGUGUGUUCGUCAGCUCCAAAUGAGGGUUCAUUCCAACCGGGCGUCAGCUGCUGCCACCACCUCCAGCCAGCAGGACCUGGACGGAGCCCUCAAGAACAAACGAGAGCUCUACAAGGACCAGAGGAGGAGCAGUGAGAACAUGUCCCAUAAGUCCUCAGACAGUGAUGUCAGCGACGUGUCAGCCAUCUCUCGAACCAGCAGUGCCUCUCGCAUCAGUAGCACCAGCUACAUGUCCAUCCAAUCAGAGAGACCCCGGGGACGCUUCAGCAGGGCCAUGCGCGCAACAGGCCGCCAUAUGAUGAAGAGCACCAGCGUGAGCGGUGAGAUCUACGGCAUGGAGCACACAGACGGCAGCCAAUCAGACACAGCACUCGGGAGCCUGGGAAGCGGGAUCAAGAAGCGACGCUCGAGCCUCAGCCAACGUGUUGUUGCCAUCCUGCCAUCCAGACGCAGCCGGAGUACCUCACAACUCAGCCAGACAGAGGCGGCGGGUAAGGCGGCGGACAGACAGAAAGCGGCUUCAGCAGGUAAGAAGGUGGGCAAAGGUGUCAGCAGCAUCCAGAGGAGCGUGGAGACGGGCAUGGCUGUGGAAUACCCACGGGGAGGGUCGGGCAUGAACCGGCAGGCCAGUAGAGAGUCGACUGAUGGCAGCAUGAACAGCUACAGCUCUGAGGGGAAUCUGAUCUUCUCAGGUAUGCGGUUGGGUGCCGACAGUCAGUUCAGUGACUUCCUGGAUGGUUUAGGCCCCGGUCAGCUGGUUGGCCGGCAAACACUGGCCACACCUGCCAUGGGUGAUGUUCAGAUCGGUUUGAUGGAUAAGAAAGGUCAGCUGGAGGUGGAGGUGAUCAGGGCACGAGGCCUUACCCCCAAACCAGGCUCCAAAUCCCUCCCAGCUCCUUAUGUCAAGGUGUACCUGCUGGAUCAUGGAAGUUGUAAAGCCAAAAAGAAAACCAAGAUUGCACGCAAGACGCUAGAGCCGCUCUACCAGCAGCACCUGCUCUUUGAGGAGAGUCCCCAGGGCAAGGUGCUUCAGGUGAUAGUAUGGGGCGACUAUGGACGAUUGGAUCACAAAUGUUUCAUGGGUGUAGCACAGAUCUUGUUGGAGGAGCUGGACCUGUCAAGUACGGUGAUUGGCUGGUACAGACUGUUUCCGCCAUCCUCAUUGGUGGACCCUACGUUAGCUCCGCUCACGCGGCUGGCGUCUCAGACGUCAUUGGACAGCUCAGGACUGCCACCGGGCGUACGGUCCUAGUGACCGAGUGGCGAGUGCAAUACCUUCCCCCAAAAAUAUCCCUUAAAGUGACAAAACAAUGGCCCACAGCUGCUGGACCAGAACUGAGCCGAGGGCGAGAACACGACCCCCGAAGACGACAACGACAAAGCCCUCUUGGUCAACCAAUGAAAAGCCAGAUAAAGCAACAGGGAAUUAGAGAGAGAGAGAAAGAGAGAGAGAGGAAGAGACCGAACUAGCCAAUCAAAGCUUAGCUGGAGUCUGACAAUCACGUUUCACACCUUCCUCCUCCGUAUGCCUUUUUGUCUGCAAAGCUUUGCUGACUUUGUUUUCUCCUCUGGGCUCAGCUGCAGCGGAGCUUUCUGUCCAACAUUCUUCACUUCUCCCUACUGUCUUUCUUUCCUCCUUCUUUCCCCGUGCUGCCCUUUAUCAGAGCACCCGAGCAAAGUGGAAAGUCCUUCACCUUAGUAGCCCUCGGGCCAAUCAGAGUAGAGCUUGCUGCCAGGCCACGGGGGAUGAGCGGGUGAACAAUGUGCGGGAGUUAGUAAGUAGCAAACAGUUCACUCGGCUGUACCGUCACGUAGAGCACGUGCACGUUCUUAGCCUUGUCGUAACAUGAGAAAGCAAGCACAAGGUAAACUUGACUCCUUUAUUGGGACAGAAUACAAACACGUUUUGCGCUUCAGGGAAACAAGGAGGAAAGAAAAUAGAGGCCAAAUUUACUUUAUUUCUUUUUUUCUUUUUACAUUUGGAAUCAUUUUUUUCUGUCUUUGUUUAGCGUUCAGAAUGGUACCAUAAGGUGCAGACUCCCUAUGUGAAUGUUUUUUUGCUUUAUUUCGAGCGAUGAUGCGCCAAUGGCCGACAAUAAAGGCCAGGUCCCAUUCGCCCGAACACCCUUUGCCCGACCCUCACCCCCACCACCCGCCAUCACCCCCAACCCCCCCCAGCUCCGCCCUCCGGUUUAUCCCCUUCCGAUCUUCAACCCUCCCUGUAGGAGGGAGCAGCAUGACUCUGGGACGCCCCGGCCCCAAGCUGCAUGCACGUUUCUUUUGUUCGGUUUGUUUCGUUACUUUUUUGUUUUGUUCUCUACUUUUUUUGUAAAAUAGAAGAUGAGACAAAAAUUUACGAACAAUUCUCAAAAAAAACUAAAACAGAAAAAAAGACUAGACUAUGUGUGUUAGUCCCACAUACUUUUAGGCCAGCUUGUAUGUUGCAUGUUCUUGUACAGUUUGCUCGUACUGAAUAUGAAUACAAUCCGAGAAAAGCCAAGCCAUCCCCCACCCCCAAAUAGGAGCGGACCAGGGGGGGGGGGGGAUCAAAAUCCGCCCAGGCCACGCCUUCCACUCUGGGUCUAAAUAUCUAUAUUAGGAAUUCUCCAGAAUUUUUUUUUGUCUUUUCUUUGUUUCAGUUAUUUCUUCGAAACCCUUCAAACAACAGUGCUGUUCUGUAGUACUGAGCGUACUCGAGCCCCUGGCGUAUCUGAGGGUGUAGCUGUCUAAACUGUAGUCUAACAACGUCGGGGCUAGAGACAGAGAUAGAGAAUGUGUGUAUAACAGCUAAAUGUGUAUGACCUAUAAUUAUGAGUCUGACAGAAGUUAUAAAGAUAUAGAUAAAUUAAU